AUGACGGGCGAUAGCGCGCCAGACAGCUAUUGCAUUACGAGCCGCCCCCACCGCCGCCGCCCCCUGCCCACCGCUGCCCUGGAGGCGGGGGUGGAGGCCGGCUUUCUGCGCGGCGUCGCCUCAUUCCUAUUGCUUGGCCUGGCGCCACCGAGAGAUUUGGUCCGCGGCGGGUUCCAGCCGCGCCUUCCGACUUCGCUGCCGCCCCCAGGGCAGCAGCAGCAGCCGUCGCCGCUACCACGCCGACAGCCCGUCCCGUUGCUGCCUCCCACGCAGCUUCAUCCGGGAGCGCCCCAGGUGGUCGCUCCGGCGCCUGCGGUCCCUCUUCAGUCGCCACCGCCUUCGGAGCUGAUGGACGUCGACCCCUCAGCCGGGCCGCCUUCCCAAGCGGUGGCUGUGCAGCCUGUCCUGCAGCCGCUUUCCUUGGGCACCCCCAAGGAGUCUGACACCGCAGCGCCUUGUCCGGCGCCCACUCAGCAGCCGUCAACGCAGCGUCAGGAGACGCUGCCUCUCUUCGUGGGUCCCGACGCCCCCCGAGACUUGGAAAACGAAGUGGAGGAACCUCAGAGGUACCUGCGUCAAAAACAAGAAGAUGGUAAAAGGCACCACUUGCCAGAGCCUCAAACAGAACAGAUCAUGGCUGUGAACACAUGA